GGAUGUCAGCUGUACCCUUGCUGAGGGCUCAGUUUGGGGAAGCUUUUAAACAUCUCUUAACUUAGUGGUUCAGAGAUUACACCUCCAGCUUGUGCACAUAUUUAUCAAUCUCAAUUGUUGGUCCUGUAAGUUCCAGUCUUUAUACUCUGCAAGAGAGAGAAGCAGCGUGAGAGGGGCAGCAACCAGGAAUAUCAGGACUUAAGACUGCAUGAGUUACAGCUCAGCACAGCUCAGCGAAUGAGUUACUGUUAUGCAAGAGCUCAGUCAGCCCAGCUGGAGAUCAGAAAGAGAGAGAGAGAGAGGGAGCAGCAGAGCGAGCGGGCGAGCGAGCAGGGAGAACAGGAGUGAGCGAGCCGAGGGACGGAGAGGAGGAGGCUGGACGCAAAACAACAGCAACACGGCAGCAUCAUGAGUGGAAACACAGAGGGGGUUUCAGUCUCUCCUCCAACCAAGUGAGGAGAGAAGAAGAGUUUGGACAAGAAGAAAAGAGAAGAAGGGGAAGAGGAAAAGCGGAAGAGAGCAGCAAACUUUCCCCUAUAGGAUCUUUCCUCCUCUUUUCGAGCCCGACCAUGAGGCUGUGAACUCCUUUCCUCCUCCUCUCACAGCUCCUCUUCAUCACCAUGUCUCUGAAAGUGGGACCCAGCGGUGAGCGCGUCAGCACCCACCUCUGGAUGCUGCUGUGCCUGAUGCUGUGUGCUCCGGUCCUGGUCAGAGGCUCCACGCUGAGCACCGCCGUCACGCCGGAGAACUGGACCAGCACCCUGAUCCAGCUGCAGCCGGACCUGCAGACUGAAGCCCAGACGCUGGCAGAAACACAGACGGAAGCACAGACGGAGAUGGUGACUCAGACCAUCACCAACAACUAUACAGGUCUGUCCUGUACUCCUGUCCUGCCACCACGCCGGGGCUCCUUCUAUGUAGAGACUGGUACAGGAGUUUCCAUCGGCAGUGUGUUGGCCUUCUGGUGCAGAGAGGGAUACCAGCUGGUCGGCAGCGACAAAAUCUACUGCAAUGUCAGGAACGGCAAAGCACAGUGGAGCAACUACCUGCCUGUCUGUGAAGCGAUUCCCAGGCCUGAGGACCGUGGACUUAGAGUGGCUGUACUGGCUUCAGUUGUGAGUGGCAUCGUCAUCCUCGCCAUGUCCCUGUCCUUCCUCAUCUGCUGCCUGCAGGAGCGAUCCAGCCGGGACCGAGCCAAGAAAGAAGGACGGAGCAGACGCAGAGAGAAGCGAUCGGCCCGUCGCAGCGAGUGCUGGCUGGAGAGAGAAGAGGGUGAGUGGGAAGCUUUCCCUCCACCCAAGAUCUUCCACCUGUCCCAGAGGAUGAACCCCCGUCUGGCUCCUGACAGCCCGCUGUACCUGACUGGAGGCCUCAGUGGAUAUGAGAACAGAGGAUAUCAGAGGAGUCAGGAGAGUUUGCUGAAGGCCUCCCUGCCUGGACUCUACCGCUCUGACUCUCAGCUCUACCCCCAUGUCGUCCUCCAGAGGGUUCCAACUCCAACUGCACCAUCUGCCCCUUCUGCUCCAUCCGCCCCCCUCUACCUCCACCUGCCCUCCUCCUCUUCUACCACCUCCUCACCCGCUCACAACCCCAACCAACGCCAGCUGCACAUGAUGGCUCAGUACCCGACGCCCACGUACCCGCCCAACCCCAACACAGCCGUGCCCGCCUACCCCCACCCAACACCAGCGCCCAUCUACCCCAACCCCAACCCCACACCACAGAGGCCAUGGCAGUAGCUGCGUCGUCCACUGUCCACAUUUCUAGACCACUGUGCUGUUCCUGCUGAAGACGCUGAAGGAACAAACCAAGAGAAAACGUCACCGGCACGUUUUGGAGACACACAAUGUCUUUAUGCUCUGUCUUAUCGCUGUUUUCUCCCACAGAAGUCUGCAAAGGCCAGAAGUACACAUGAAAGAAAAGCACAGAAAUGGACAUACAGCAAUACAGCAAGUGUAGAUGUUCCUCCUUUUACCGCAUGCUUGAUGAACUUCUCCUGCAGUUUCAACUGGAAGUGAACGAGUUUUUUCCCUCAGUUCUUACUGAACUACUGCUGCUGAACCUCCUGCAAGAGAAGGUGUUGAGUGAAAAUCCUGCUCUCUUUUAACUGCAAGAUCUUACAAGAAAACUUCAAGUAGCCGGUCAACAAAGGGACACUGAGAGUUGUAAUUUAGAGUGCACUAAUUCACUUCUGGAAACCUGCAAUGAUAGACUUUUUUAGGCAGCUCUCAGAAAUGCUAGAUUUUUUUACUAGUUAAUUGAUUAGAGAAGGAUCCCUGCUACUCCUCCUGAGGUCCAGUUAAUCUAAUCUACACCUAAAUGAACUGACAGAUAUAUAUUUUUUGACUUAACUCCUGGAAUCUCACACCUUUUCGACCAGAGCCAUGUGUGACGUAAUGAAAGCUGUUCUUGUUCAAGCAUUCUGAUAUUUUCUCACACUGUGUGGGGAAAACAGGCAUAUAUGGGUAGCAAGCACACUGUGGUUAAAAUGCUCGCUGUCACCGCAACCGCUGAAUGGAGGCAAUUUGUCGAUGUUUGUAUGGAUUUAAUAAGGCCGUGAUAAUUUUCUCUCACCCAACUAAACAUGACAUUUUUGUUCUGCCUGUGUCUGUUUGUUCUUCUCUGUCACACCUCUUUGUGUUACAUAAUUAUUUAUAACAAAAGCUUGCUGUGUGGCCGGUGGUUUGAAUGUUAAAAUAUUCUGGCAUUCAGGGGCAGAGAUGGGUUUGUAAACUUGUAAUAAAUAGAAAUAAUUAAAUUAACAAGCCUGAGCCCUUUUGAGCUCGAUAUGGGAAGUAAAAACUAAUUUUGUUUCUCAGAUUGUUAUGUAAGUAACGUUCCCUAUGUAAUAGCAAUCAUAAGGACGUCAGGAACACUGAAACUGCAGCUUUGACCCUGAUGCACUGGAACCAGCUCUGAAUCGACAUGCAAAGUUUACGCAGUGAGAUGGAAAAACAUCUUAACCUUUAACCUUUGUUGUCCCUUUGCAUUAUGUACAUGCAUUUAAACCAUAAACCCGUGCAAGGCCCCAUCUUAUUUUUAAUAGAAGAAUUUGAGUAGAAACACUAAUAAAUCUGCACUUUAUGUUUUUUAAACUGGACUGAGCAGUCUUAGGUAUUGUUUUACUGUAAACUAUUUGUUGCAUAACAAUGAGAUUGCCAUAGAUGCUGAAUAAAGAGAUUUUUGUUUAGCACAACA